CACGUUCAGAAUACGCAGUGACACGUAUACCAUUGUUAGUGAGCAAAUCAUUGUCUGAACACAACGCAUAGAUCUCCAUAAAAGAUACUCACCGGAUUAUCGACGUUGACGGAAAUUAUUCAUAAUUUGUCAAUUUCCAAUGGAAGAAACUCAUGUAGCUACCUGGAACGACUCUUCUGACCACGAUGAUAGUUUUGCGGUAAAGCGCUUGAUGGUGAUUCUUGCCAGAUGCCCGGAUUUUAAAGCAAGCCUACUGGAACUUCUUGAGAAACAUAACCUUCAUCCCAGAGAGGUGCGAGAAAUCACCUCCAAAAAUCCCAGCUGUUUUAUUUUGGAAUGUGAAAUAGUUCGUGCGAGACUCCAACUGGAUCUCUGUCCAUCGCAUUUUGGGCUCGAAGGUUGUCAGAAAUUGGGGUCCUGUAACAAGCUCCAUAUAUGCCCAAGGUAUGUCCACAACUUGUGCUCAGAAAGGCAGUGCUUUCUUGGUCAUACAUGGCGGACGAACCACAACAAUAUAGUUUUUACACAGAUUCACAUUGACACUCUUCCGGUAUCAAUCAUCCACAUGCUAGUAAAUUAACAACUAGACCACCUCAGUUAAGCAUCUGCAAAGAGUAUAAUAACAAACAAUGCAACAACCCCAACUGCGGUAAACUCCACAUCUGUGCUAAAUCUGUAUUGGGAGAUGCGAGGACUCACCAUAAGAAAUGCCAACUGAAUCACAGUUUAAUGACUCAACAGUGCCAGUUCCUAUUCAGAACCCAUGGUAUAGCAACAAAUGACUCACAAAUAAAUGUUGUAACCAGUUUGGUAAGUGACAGCCCUGACUUAUCUGAUUCUAAACCUGUAACACCACCUCAGGGUGAAAAGCGUGAUAAAGUAACCGAAAAUUCAAUUACUGCAUCCUUAAACAAGCAAAAGAGGGUACGAAAAAAAGCAAAAAAUCCAGCAAAUGGUAGGCCACCCUUACCUGCAGAUUCAAGCACUGAAAAGUCUGAUACUUCAAACAAGCCAAAAACGGCAAAACAGUUAAACGAUGCACUACCUGAUAGACUGAAAGGUGUAGUUAAAGAUGCAAGCCCGGAUGAAACCCAUGAAAAGGAGCAGAUCAAAACUGAAGAUUUUUUUAUUUAUAAGACGUGUUGGUCUGUUGAUGUCCUGGGGAAUGUUGACAUUCAAGAAAUAUGCUGCGAUUCUGUGGAAGGUUUGUGUGCAAAAGAAGCCACCGGUUGUCCUCGCCUCCAUGCCCCCCAGCAUUUUCAAUGGCAAAUUAGUGAUUUAGUUUCCCCCAAUUGGUACAACCUCCCAGUCCUCCAUGCAAAAUGUCUUGAGAUUUCUUACUGUGAUCCAGCACAAGAUAAUAUUACUCUGCCUCGCUUGGACCCAUCAACACAAAGUCCUCCCAUUGAUGGUUUGCUGCCUAUAUUAGGACGGGAUGUUUGGAAAGCAGACUUCCAGAAAUUAGAACUUACAAACUCUUUGUCAGAUAAGAAAUUGCAGUUGCGAAGGCUUUGUACUGAGCCUGUUGCAGAUCUAAACAUUAUGGCUAGCAAUUAUAUCUGGUACUUUCUAGAUGACAGCAAUGCUUGGGUUCCAUUUGGGAGCAAUGCAGAAAACCCUUAUGCUAAAAGCUUGUCAGCGAAGAUUGAAAAGCAUUUUUCACAGAAACGAUGCCAGAAAAUAAAGAUGGUAGUUAAUAACCAUACCUAUAUUUUAGACUUUCUCACAAUGCGCCAGGCAAAUGAGAAAACAAACACAGUCCGAAACGUUCGCCGCCGACCAAGCCAUCAUCUUGACGUAAAGAAAGAGACACCCUUAUUACCCCACACAUGGACUCCCAUGUACCCUGAGACGCAAAUGGUACAAUUUCUUUUAUCAACAUCGUCUAGUGAAUACCUGAAAAUAGCAGCGCUAAUUCAGAGACCACUUGCCACAGAAGGCUUAAAGAUUGUUAGGAUCAGGCGAAUUCAAAAUCCUCAGCUGUGGCGGAAUUUCCAGUGCACGAAAAAAUCACUGAAGGCUGAUUCCAGAGUAUCCUCAUUGGAAGAUCUCCAAGUAUUCAAGAGCCAUUCGAAGUUCACUUAGGGGUAGUAUAUGUUCUGCCAACUUUGAUUGGAAAGAUCAUGAGGCUACUACCAACAUGAAAUAUGGUCAAGGAAUUCAUUUCUACACAGAUCCAUCUGUGGCAUGUAAGAACAUUGAGGGCUAUAGGGCUACCUUUCAGUAUCUGUUUGUCGUGCGUGUCUUGGUGACCUCCAAAACGAAGGGUCCCAUACUGCAACCUUUGUUAAAAGGGUAUGAUACCGUCGUAGACAACACAUCCAAGCCUACAGUUAUCGUUAAAUGUGACAAGAAUCAUUACUAUCCUGAAUAUCUAAUCACAAUGCAUUCUGUAAUUUAGAAGUGUCUAUUACAACAGACUGCAAAAGAUGAAGUGAAGUAAAAUCUCCACCAUUUCAUGUAUUAUGUCCUUCUGGCAAUGUUUUCACUGUUCAUUUUUAAAAUAUUGUAAAUUCUAAAGUCUUGUGUUGUAAUAUCCUGGAUAUUAACUUUGUGGAGAGGCUAGUGUUGAUUGUGUCAUGCCUACAGAUGAACUUACUGUUGAUAGAUUCGCAUGUGGUUUUUUAAGUGUGGUUUACCUUAAAAAGUGUAAAUUAUAUAGGCUAUUUCUUAUCCAUUUAUCUACGUGGAUAGCUUACUGUGAGUGAUGGUACCGCGUAUUCCGACCUUCGUAGAAAAAAAAUGUUAAUUACCAUUUAUUAUAGUCUGUAUUUAUAUUUUAGUUUAAAAUAUGUUGUGCUUGUUUGUUUGUUUCUGGGCAAAUAAGGGGUUGAAAGAAUUUAGGUAUGUGGGAAUUUGGAGCGAGUACAGUUAAUUAACAGACCGAUGUCAAUCUCGCUAACUGUAUAGCUGUCCUGAUGCUGCUGAUACGAAAUUGUGAUUGUGACUUCUGAUACUUUUUAUGAUACUUUAUUUAGAGAGCACAGCAUGAUUUAAAUUUGCAAUUGGACUUUCUAGUACAUUAGCAAUGUUAUUAAUGAAUAUUGAAUAUUAUGUUUCAUGUGUAGAGGAAUAAAGCCUCAAAAGUAAGGGGGUAGGGAACCAGUGAUCAUAUCCUUUGAGAAAAGUAACCCCUUCCACCGGCCAUGUUAUGCAUUUGGAGGAAAUUUUAAUUGUUAAAUUUUAAUUAAAAUUCAAUUUAGAGUAUAUGUUCAUAUGAAGUUUCAUCAAUUAGAGAUAGGAAAAUGAUUUGUGUAUAAGCUCGUGUCCCCUAGCAAGGCUCUGUGAAAGAAUUGAUAUAAAUAAACGGCAAGAUAGCCUAAA